AUGGCCGACGCCGACGUGAUCCAUCUCAAUACAAUAUCCGCCAAACGCAUUCGCAAAGGUCUCCAAGAACAAGUCUCCCACGACCUCGCUCCGCACAAAGCCGCCAUAACGGCACUCAUUAUGGAGCGCUUUGACAAAGUGCAAAACGCCGCGAAAGCAAGCUCUACGGUCUCCAAGAGAAAGUCACCCGCAUUGGAAGAUUCCCCUGCGCCCAAGAAGAAGGUCAAGAAGAGCAAGCCAGCAGAGGAGACGGAUGAGCAGAUUGCCGCAAGGUUGCAGGCGGAGUUUGACACACAGAACAACGCACGGGCUACAAGAGGUGGAGGAAGGACCAAGAAGGCGCCCUUGAAGAAGGGUUCAGUGGUCAAGAAGAAGAAGAAGAGUUCUGCCAAGGUUACUGGGGAGGACGACAGCGAUUUGGAAGGAGUCAGUGGGUCAGAAAAGCCGGAGAAGGAGAAGAAGGGAGGGUUUCACAAACCCAUGAACCUCUCCCCAGCCCUUGCAGAAAUGCUCGGCGAAUCCCAGCUCUCCCGUCCGCAAACUGUCAAGAAGAUCUGGGCAUAUGUCAAAGAACGCGACUUACAGAACCCUGCCGAUAGACGACAGAUCUUCUGCGAUGACGCGAUGCGCAAGGUGUUCAAGGGGGACAGUGUGCACAUGUUCACGAUGAACAAGUUACUGGUGCAGCAUUUGAAACCUGCUGACGAGGUUGUGGGCGGGGAGGUGGCUGAGAAUGACAAGGUGGUGGAGAGUGACGAGGAAGACACRAACCAGUAUGUCAACGGAGGCGAUUCAGAGCCCGUGCGGGAGAGCGAGACGGAUGGUGGGAGCGAGGCUUGA